UUUACACACCCCUUUUUGAUCUAAUGUUUGGUUGCCCAGAAAAUCAAAGAAAAAAAACAAAGAAGUGAAGUUUUUGUUUGUUGUUUCUGGCAGCAGAAGAAGAAUCAUUCUUUCAUAUGUCUUUCUUUGCUUGCUAAAGCAUCCACUGACCUCAAAACGAAAAGCAAUGAUGAGAUUCAGAAAGGGAACUAAAGUUGAAGUGUUGAGCAAAUCAUCGGUUCCAUCUGGUGCUUGGCGGUCUGCAGAGAUAAUAUCAGGAAAUGGGCAUUACUACACUGUCAUGUAUGAAAGCGAUGAUGGUACGGUGAGGGUUCCGAGGAAGAGUAUGAGGCCUCAGCCUCCUCGUUUACAAGUCCUAGACUCUUGGGCUCCUGGUGACAUUCUUGAGGUUUUCGAAAGUUGUUCCUGGAAGAUGGCAAUCGUUUCCAAGGUUUUAGAGAAUGGUUGUUUCUUGAUUAGAUUGCUUGGUUCCUCACUUAAGUUUAAGGUAACCAAAUCCGACAUUCGUGUUAGACAAUCUUGGCAAGAUAACGAGUGGAUCAUGAUCGGACAGGGUGCAUCAAGGUUAAGCGGACAGACUUCAACUGGAGAACUAAGGAGAAAGGUGAAUCCCAAAGGCGACUACAUAUCAUCUGAGAGCAAAGACAAGCUUGAUGAGUCUGAUGUGAUUUUGUCAAAAGGUCUAAAGAAACGGACCUACUCUUUGGUUGAACCGCACAAUCAAGAUAGAGAGAAGAAGAAGAAAAAGAAGAAGAUGAUGGAAGCAGAAGAAGAAGAUAGAGAGAGUGUUGCUUCUUCUGUUGGUAGUUGUAGCAUGGAUACAGAUGGUCUCAGUGCUGUUUCAUUCAGUCCCAGAGAAACUGGUAACACUAGUGACACAGAGUCAUCGUUUUGUGGCUACGGAAGCAUGGAGAUGAAGAAGUUGGAGAUUCCAAGAAAAGGCUCCGAGGCAGCUGAUGUUCAUAGGUUAGAGUUGGAUGCAUACCGAAGCAGUAUUGAGAGGUUGCACGCAUCUGGACCAAUUAUAACUUGGGAACAAGAAACGUGGAUUACAAAUCUCCGUCUCAGAUUGAACAUUUCGAAUGAGGAACAUCUGAUGCAGAUAAGAAACCUUAUCUCUGAUGACAACAGUACAACAUACAGAUAGCACCAGCAGCAGCAUUGACAACUAAAACUUGUGUCACAUAGAAUAAAUUUGAGGGUAGGUUGUACAAAUGUCACUCUAGUUUCGAAUCAGGUUUUUCGAUUUAUUCCGAACUUGUGAAUGUAAAUGCGAACAUCUUUCCUUUUUUAUCUUUGUGUUGACUUAGAGGAAAAAACUUGCAAUGUUCACUAAUGGUGAUUCAUGACAUGGCCUGUGAGAGAUACAAUAAGAGAGAAUACAAGCUGUAAGGGAAUUGAAACACUAAUGGUGAUUCAUGACAUGGCCUGUGAGAGAUACAAUAAGAGAGAAUACAAGCUGUAAGGGAACUGAAAC